AUGGCGAAUCCGGAUUCAGAAGGCCAGGAGCAGAUUGACCUGUGCGAGUACAUCUUCAAAAGGCUGGUCCAGCUCGGCCUUGGAUCUGUUCACGGAGUCCCUGGAGAUUACAAUCUUACCAUCCUCGAUUACGUCAAGCCAGCAGGUCUCAAUUGGGUCGGAAAUGCAAACGAGCUCAACUCGGGCUACGCCUCUGACGGUUAUGGAAGAAUCAAGGGAAUAUCGGCCAUGGUCACUUCUUACGGCGUUGGCGAUCUCUCUGCCAUCAACGCCAUUGGAGGCGCGUAUGGCGAAAGAGCACCCCUUGUGCACCUUGUUGGGACUCCUCCCACGGCUGCGCAAGAAGCCGGCGCUUGUUUGCACCAUUCUUUGGGCGACGGCAGGCUUAGAAUCUUUGCAGACAUGAACAAGUUUGUGACCGCGGCUCAGGCUAAUCUGACAGAUGUUGACAAGGCACCGGCUUUGGUCGACGCAACUCUGAAAACUUGCGUCUUGGAGAGCCGUCCCGUCUACAUCGAGCUUCCCACCAACUUGGUCCAUGCCAAGGUGCCCGCCCCUACAUCGCCCAUCGAUCUUUCAGUGCCCGGAUACGAUGAAGAGCACGAGACCAAAGUCGCCUCUUCAAUCGUAGAGGCAAUCCAGAAGUCCAAAAAGCCAAUGAUUUUCGUGGGAGGAAUAGCCGCUCGUUUCCGAGUGACUGAAGAAAUCAAUGAGUUUGUAAGGCUGACUGGCAUCCCUACGGUUACUAUGACUUUUGGCAAGAGCAUCGUCAACGAAAGUCUACCCAACUACCAAGGCGUUUACAUGGGAGCUAUUGGAGACACAGUUCUCAAACAGCAAGUCGACGACGCUGAUCUCGUACUGGAUUUUGGUCCUAUGCAUUCCGAUGUCAAUACCUUUGGUUUCACGGCUGUGCCCAAGGCAGACGUCACCAUAACAAUCGACCAGUACUCGGCCAAAUUUUUUGGCAAGUCCGACACCUCCGGUCGCGCCUAUUUACCAAAGUCGUUCAUGGCCAAGCUCCUGAAAGGCAUCGGCGCAACAAAGCUGCCUGAAUAUCCAUUCAAUCGGGGCUCGACUUACCCGCCUCAUCUGCUUCAAAAUCUCAAGCCAUCCCCCAACAAGGAGAGAAUAGAGCACGAUGAGUUUUGGUUAUCCAUGUCCAAUUUUCUUCGAUCUGGAGAUGUUGUCCUUGUGGAAGCCGGAACAGCCAUUGCUGGCGCUUGUUCAAUGGUAUUGCCAGACAAUGUUGUUUUUAUAAACUCAGGCCUAUGGCUUUCCAUUGGAUAUACGCUCCCAGCGUUACAAGGAGUCGCUCUAGCUCGUCGAGAGCAGCUCAAGGAGGGUUCUAAAGAGGCUGCCGGGUUUUCAGGCCGUUCCAUCCUGUUCAUUGGUGAUGGAAGCCUCCAAAUGUCAGUUCAAGCUAUCAGCGAUAUCAUCAGGAACAAACUUGACGUCACCAUCAUCGUCAUCAACAACGAUGGCUACACGGUCGAGCGAUAUAUUCACGGAUUUGACCAAAGCUACAACGACAUCCAGCCAUGGAGAAACACACAGGCGCCGAACUUGUUCGGAGCGAUAAUCAACGAUUUCGAUUACCCCGUUGAAACUGAGCAGGUUCGGAACUGGGGUGAGCUGCGAAGUCUUUUGGCGCGCCCGGAUGUGAAAAAGGGCAAAGGCUUGGCUAUCAUAGAGAUCUUUAUGGACAUGAAGGAUGCUCCCCUCCCUCUUAAGAAUUUUGCUGGCUUUAUGGCUAACAGGAACAAGACGAACGGGAAGAGUUAG